UCCAUGGCUGGAAUAUUUAAACAGCUGCAAUUCUUUGAGGUACAUCAUGGUAUUUUCCGACACCCGCAGAUCAUGCGUCUCAUCCUAAUUCUCUGCGCGGCUUCUGCCUUGACGGCAGCCACUUUCACGCCGUUAGAGCAUCUGGAGGAGGGGGACGAGAAGAAGCUCUACGACGUUGGCGACCUAGUGGUGGUGGAAGUUGCCCAAGGAAGGAUUGUCGGCCAAGAAAGGAUCCAGUCCGAUUACAUAUACCAUUCCUUUCAAAGUAUUCCUUACGCUAAGCCUCCGACUGGAGAGAGAAGGUUCAAGGAUCCUGAACCAUCAGAUCCCUGGGAGGGCGACCUAAAUGCCACACUAACUCCUCCGAAAUGCCCUCAAUUUGUCGUCAUGGGGCAGGAGGACUGCCUCUUCCUGAAUAUCUACACACCGCCUGACAGCAUAGGUAGACUGGAACCACUACCCGUCAUGUUUUUCAUCCACGGCGGUGGCUACUACCUUGGAUGGUCAAACCAAUACAGCGGAGUUCACUCUCUGUUGCGGCAUGACGUCAUCGUAGUCACAACGAAUUACCGGCUUGGAGUCUUAGGAUUCCUUUCCACCGAGGAUUCAGCAGCACCGGGAAACUUGGCGCUAAAGGACCAGGCCCUCGCCCUCCGGUGGGUCAAUGAAAAUAUUGCGGCCUUUGGCGGAGACGUCGGUAGAAUUACCAUCUUCGGAGAGAGUGCUGGCGCUGCCUCAGUCCAUUAUCAUCUACUAACACCGUCAUCCGCUGGUCUGUUCAGCGGAGCUAUCAUGCAGAGUGGAUCAGCACUUGCUCCUUGGAGUAGAGGCAGGGAUUUCAAGAGAGUGGCGGAACAGAUUGGAGGAAGGUUCAGCUGCCCGACUACAUCUAGUGACGAGAUGAUUGCUUGCUUGCAAGGAAAGGAUGCUCAUCUCAUUGAUGAGCAAUACGCUGAGUUCAUUGAAUUCAAUUUCCAGCCAUUUGUCUUUGCCCCUCGAGUUGAUGGAGACUACAUUCCAGGAGAACCAGUCACACUGGUGAAGGAAGGAAGAUAUCAUCACGUACCGAUGAUGAUGGGAAGCAACAGAGAUGAAGGAGCAUUACUUUCACAAGAAAUGUACUGGGACAGAGCAAUAAUCAAAGUUUUGAUUGAGGACUUCCCUAAGAAUGGGCCCGCUAGCCUAGAGCUUUAUGACGACGAAGACCCAUUAAAUACAUCCACUGCAGUCUAUAACUACUACCUCGGAGGCCUCAACUUCGAAUAUGAAGAUCUUGGAAACGUAACUAAGUUGUAUACUGACAGGCUCUUUGGAAUACCAGUCGAUUGGUUGACGCAACUUUUAGAUGAGCAAGAUGAAGUCUACAGAUGGGAACUUAGACACAGGGGUCAACAUAGCAUCAUAAACUUUCUCCCGUUUAUAAAUAGAACUCUCUCUGAUCCAUAUAUUUGCCAUGGCGAUGACCUGUCUUACUUCUUCCAUCCUAGUAUAUUCGGAACACCAACUACCGAAGAGGAUAUGCUGGUCAGUGAUCUAUAUACUACACUGUGGACUAACUUUGCCAAGACGAGAAACCCAACACCUGAUGGGUCCCUGGGAUUCAUCUGGGAAAAAACAAACAGGAAUGACUUGAAGAAACUAUUAAUAAAAGCAGAGCUUCCUCUUCAAAUGGAAACUGAUAUAAACGCAAUAGACAGAGCCUUCUGGGAGUCCCUUCCUUUAAGAAUUAAUGAUCUCAUGAAGGCAUAACUGAAAAUUUUGUUCCAGAUGCUCACUUUGCUUUCUUUGAAACUCAAUUCCCCUACGUAUUAUUCAUGUCAGUUUAUAGAAACCAUUUAUAGAUAACAUCCCAAAUAACGGUUACAUUUUACUAAAUAUUAAGUCCAUUUGACAUUGUAUGUAUGAAAAUGCCCGAACCAUAAUGAUACAAGAAAAUUUAAAUUCUAUUAUAUGCAAAAACCAUGGAAACAUUACGACAGCACUCAAGUUUCAAACUGGCACCCCAGCCGAUUGUUGACUCCCAGUGAUUUCAAGUUCUGGAAGCAAAUGAGUCUCACCAGGGAAAUACGCCUUUCUCCCCACAUUUUCUAAAGCAUAUAUUUCUUCCAGGUUAACUUUGCGAUUCUUCUUAAGAAGCCCUCAGAAUAAGAUAACUCAAGCUUAUCUUCAUUCUAUCACCCAAACAUGUCACUGUCAUUUUUCUUGCUCAUUUGGGGCCUGAGUGAUCAUUUUCUGAUGUCAAAACAUGGCUGUUCUUGAUCGGUAAUGGGGCGGUAAAAAUCUUUCAGAGGAUUUUGAUAUUUCAAAUUCUGCAAUAAUUUUUUUUUCUUACCAGUGUCACACUAACUUCAAAUUAGUGUAUUUCAAGUUUAAAGGCCUAUUCACUAAAAUAGUUGAGCAUAAUUAAUUUAUUUUACUUGGACUUAUUCAAUGCCAGCCCUAUUUUGCUCAUUUCUUGCAUUAUCAGUAAACCUUCAAUUUCAAGUUUCAUGUCGAAUCCUCAGGAGUUAAAUGGAUUAAAAAAUAAUUAAAGCAAUUUCCAUAGCACUGGAAAUAUUUCUUAAGAAAAUUACGCUGUCCGCGUCGUUUAUAUACGCAGACCCAAGAGUUACUUACGUGCACAGUUUACAAAUAAGACUAUAUGAUAAGUAAAAAAAAUUAAUAUUUAUAUCCACUUAAUUAUUUGUACUACGUUGGAUUUUUUGUCAUGAUUUACUGCCGAAAUCAAUGACGAAUUCUGUAAACGAUGCUGACAAUAAAGAACAUUCAAUUUUA